AAAAAGCCCGUUUGCUAUGCAGAGCAUGGUCUGGAACAGAGACGGAAGUGGGAGACCGCUGAGGAAACGGGUGCGGGAGCCCCGGUGAGAGCUGAUGUCACCUCGUCUAGCUGGGAGGCCUCCAGGGAGGACCUCACGAAGACGCCGCCGCCGGCAUGGACAAGAAGCCCCAGGAGCACAGACAGGGCGCCAGGCCCCGGGAAGUCCCGCCCGUGGUGCUGCUGCUGCUGGCGAUGGUGCUCAUGAACGCCCUCCUCUACCUCUGCCUGGACCAGUUCUUUGCCUCCCCGCCGCAGCCCCCGGGGCAGCCCAGCCGCUGUCCGUCCGGGUACUUCCGAGUGGGGCAGAUGACCAGCUGUUCGCCGUGGCUGGCCUGUGAGGAGCUGCGCACGCAGGUGCGGCCGUUGAAGCGCGUGGGGGAUGGAGCUGUGAAGAGAGUCUUCCUGUCUGAGUGGAAGGAACGCAAAGUGGCCCUCUCGCGGCUCACCAGCCUGGAGGUGAGAGGGGACUUCCUGCAUGGCCUGCAGAUGCUGAAGUCCCUGCAGAGCCCGCAUGUCGUCACCCUGCUGGGCUACUGCGAGGAGGACAACACGAUUCUGACAGAGUACCACCCCUUAGGUUCCUUGAGCAACCUGGAAGAAACCCUAAACCUUUCCAAGUAUCAGCACGUGAACACGUGGCAGCGCCGGCUGCAGCUGGCCAUGGACUACGUGGGCAUCAUCAACUACCUGCACAACAGCCCCCUGGGCAUGCGGGUCAUGUGUGACGCCAACGACCUGCCCAAGACGCUCUCCCAGUACCUGCUGACCAGUAACUUCAGCAUCGUGGCCAAUGACCUGGACGCCUUGCCCCUGGUGAACCACAGCUCCAGGACGUUUGUCAAGUGCGGCCACAGGGAGCUCCGUGGGGACUUUGUGGCUCCUGAGCAGCUGUGGCCUUACGGAGACGACCUGCCUUUCCACGAUGACCUCAUGCCUGCGUACGACGAGAAGAUCGACAUCUGGAGGAUCCCCGACGUCUCCAGCUUCCUCCUGGGGCACGUGGAAGGGAGCGACAUGGUGCGAUUCCAUUUGUUUGACAUCCACAAGGCAUGCAAGAGCAAGACCCCAGCAGAGAGGCCCACUGCCCAGGAGAUUCUGGACACUUACCGGAAGGUUUUGAAUUCCCUCCGAGAUGCGGUCAUGACUCAGACGAGAGAAAUGCUAUAGAAACCCUCCCCGCCAUGAAGGUGAUCAUUGAAGCAGCUCUCCUUGCGUGGUGGGGCUGCUGCAGGGUUUGUGUUGUUUGUUUUUUGCCUUUGGCUGGUGUUUUGUUGUUGUUUUGCAGUGUAGCCAGGGGGUUCUUCACCCCCCGCCCUGUUAGCGUCUGAGUGUGUUCUCCCCCUCCUGGCAGCAUGGGCUGCAGCCGUGGGGACAAACAUGCAGACUUGAUCUACAUGUGGCUUCGCACCUGUCACCCCGACUGCUGCCUGGGAAAGAUACAGAGAAGCGGGGACUCUGCCCAGGUGUUCAGAAGAAGCCACAGAGAGGCUUCACCCGCCCGAACGAUGGGCUUUACAAGCUCGUAAGAAAUGUGUAUGUAGAAACAUUCUCAGUGGCAUUCUAUUAAAGAAACCUCUAACCCCCACCCCGCCCCCCAAGUUUUAAAAUGGUAAGCAACGUACGGGGUCCCCAGAUGAGCAGUGUGCUUACACAGUCUUAACGGGAUAAUCUUUACUGUGGGGAUGAUUGCUCUGUGAAGCUCCUCCACUUUCUUCUCGCCAAGGAAGUAAAGCAGAAUGCAAAUAGAAAUUGCUUCCAAGUUUUGAACGGGAGGGGACAGAAAUGUUUAGCACAGCACCAAGGAGAAAAGCCAUGCGUUCUCCUGCCUCGUGAAGCUCUCCAGCACCGAUCAGCUGCAUUUC